AUGCGUUUUUUCAACAGAAAGCCCACCGAAGAGGUGGCAGAGAAGAACACUUCGAACAUGACAACUCCUGCCCAGACGCCGCCCAGGAGGCACUCGCACCACGAUGUAGAAGAGCCUCAAGGAAGGGUUCCGAUCAUCGCAGUCAUCCUCGGAGCUGUUGCUAGUAUUGGUGGUUUCAUGUUUGGUUACGAAUCCGGUCAAAUCUCUGGUUUCCUGGCAAUGACAGACUUCAUCGAAAGAUUCGGCGAGAACGGAGAGUUCUCAGCCGUGCGACAGGGAACUAUCGUUGGUCUACUUUGUAUUGGUACUCUGUUUGGCUGCUUGGGCUCUGCGCCUCUCGCCGAUAACUUUGGUCGCCGCCUCACCAUCUCCGGAUCCGCCUUCUGGUACAUUGUCGGUGUGAUUAUUGAAAUCACGAGCAAGGAUGUUUGGGUGCAAUUCGCCAUGGGCCGUUUCACUGCCGGUCUCGGUAUUGGAGCUCUGUCCACCGUUGUGCCUAUGUACCAGUCCGAGUCGAUCCCUAAGCGUAUUCGUGGCGCUACCGUCUCCUCAUACCAGUUGCUCAUCACACUGGGUAUCUGGACCGCGUACAUGGUCAACUAUGGAACCUCAGCCGAGUACCACAACAGCGCGCAAUGGCGAAUUCCUAAUGGCUUGUCAGCGCUGUGGGCUAUCAUUUUGGGAUCUACCAUUCUUCUCCUCCCGGAGUCCCCCCGUUACGCAUACCGCAAGGGCCGCAUCGAGGAAGCCCGCCGCAACAUGGCCCGCCUGAACGGUGUAGCUGAGAACUCGGCCUUCAUUGAUGCUGAGAUCAAGGAGAUCCAGGAGAAGCUCGACGCGGAGUCGGCCGGCGGUGACCACCCAUGGCACGAGAUCUUCACUGGUCCUCGUAUGCUCUACCGUACAAUCCUUGGUAUGGUCCUGCAGGCCGGUCAGCAGUUGACGGGCGCCAACUACUUCUUCUACUACGGCACGACCAUCUUCUCUGCGACAGGUCUUGAUAACAGCUACGUCACCUCCAUCAUUCUGGGUACUGUGAACGUCGCCGCUACCAUUGUCGGUCUGUGGAUCGUUGAGAAUGUGGGCAGGAGGAAGGCCAUGAUCGCCGGUGCCCUCUGGAUGUUCGUCUGCCUCUUCAUCUACGCCUUCGUCGGACACUACCAGCUCGACCACAACAACCCAACGAGCACCCCGCAGGCUGGUAACAUCAUGAUUGUCUUCACUUGCCUGUUCAUCGCAGCCUUCGCCACCACCUGGGGACCGCUCGUCUGGGCCAUCGUCGGUGAAUUGUAUCCCGCCCGCUACCGCGCUACCUGCAUGGGUCUCGCUACGGCCUCAAACUGGCUCUUCAACUUCCUGAUCUCGUUCUUCAGCACCAUGAUCACCAACAACAUCGACUACUUCUACGGCCUGGUCUUCGGAGCUUGCUGUGCCGCCCUCGCCGUCAUCACCUACUUCUUCAUGAUCGAGACCAAGGGCCGCUCGCUGGAAGAGAUCGACACCAUGUACGUGCUUCACGUCAACCCCAUCACCAGCGCAAAAUGGACUCCCGAGUCGCUGCAGCGCGAUGGUCUUGUCGACACAGACCGCCUGCACGUUGGUCCCGGUGGAAGGAGCUGGAGCAAGGCCGAGCAGGGUGCCCCUCUGGCGCCGCAGCAUGAGAGAGCUGAGGGUCUCAUCGUAUAG